GAAGCUCGGCAGUGUCGAAAGAAAUAUAAAAGCAAAGGCUAUUUUCUUGCUUUCUUUCUGUUUUUACUUUCUUUCUGUUUCUUUUUCCUGAAGAGCGAGCGGCCCUUGCGGUGGCGUUUUGGGGUGGGCGUCGCCGAGGUGAGGGGGUCUCGCCUCCCGCACGCUGGUAGGUGAGUGCGGCCUGGGCCCUGGCCAGGCAGCGAGACCUGGGCUCCGGCUUCCUCGCUCCGGAGGCAUAUCACUUUUCUGCUGAACGGACUAGACUCAUCUCUAAGGCUCCUUGAAUAUCCGAGUUUCUCCUUUUGGAAUCUACUUGGAAAUAAAAACAGACUGAUUGUUCCAUUAUGGAUGGAGGGGAUGAUGGUAACCUUGUUAUCAAAAAGAGGUUUGUGUCUGAGGCAGAAUUAGAUGAACGGCGCAAAAGGAGGCAAGAAGAAUGGGAGAAAGUUCGAAAACCUGAAGAUCCAGAAGAAUGCCCAGAGGAGGUUUAUGACCCUCGGUCUCUAUAUGAAAGGCUACAGGAACAGAAAGAUAGGAAGCAGCAGGAGUAUGAAGAACAGUUCAAAUUCAAAAACAUGGUAAGAGGCUUAGACGAAGAUGAGACCAACUUCCUUGAUGAGGUUUCUCGUCAGCAGGAACUAAUAGAAAAGCAGCGAAGAGAAGAAGAACUGAAAGAACUGAAGGAAUACAGAAGUAAUCUCAACAAGGUUGGAAUUUCUCAAGAAAACAAGAAGGAAGUGGAGAAGAAAGUGGCUGUGAAACCCACAGAAACCAAGACCAAGUUCUCCCAGGCAAAGCUGUUGGCAGGAGCUGUGAAGCAUAAGAGCUCAGAGAGUGGCAACAGUGUGAAAAGACUGAAAUCGGACCCUGACCCAGAUGACAAGAAUCAAGAAGCCCCUUCCUGCGUGUCUCUUGGAAGCACAUCUCUGAGUGGUCCCUCCAUCCACUGCCCCUCCGCUGCCGUCUGUAUCGGCAUCCUCCCAGGUUUGGGUGCCUACUCUGGGAGCAGCGACUCUGAGUCCAGCUCAGACAGCGAAGGCACUAUCAACGCCACCGGCAAGAUCGUCUCCUCCAUCUUCCGAACCAACACCUUCCUCGAGGCCCCCUAGUUCCUCUGUUCUUACCGCAGGGAGCUCCUCCCCAAGAAUAGACUGGACAGUUUAUUCUGCCUACAGGCAUUACCUCCCACAGAAAAGUCCUUUGCCUGCUCCCUGUGCACACCGUGACAUUUUUAACCUCAUCUAAAAAUGUGCCAGAAUCCACUUGUGGCCCGACUUGUGUUUGUUUUCUCUUUCUACUCCAGUAUGGAUGCCCAAACCUGUCCCACAGCCUCUGUCCUCACUGUUGUAGUAGGGCAGAGGUCAGGGCCCAGCAGAAAUUCCACUAAGAAUGCCCUGGGAAAAUAGGUACCAAGCGGCUUGCAAAGGGUUUGGGUUCUGUUGCUUUCUUGUUUUUUGUUUCUUUUUUUUUCCUUUCCCAACGCCACAAAGAAGCAAGGACAGUUACUGAACAGGUAUCAUUUAAAACAUUCUAUUCUAGACGAAGGCGCCGUUUGACUAUACUGUGUUGUGGAGUGUGCAGGGCGGAGAGAAGGUCCCAGGUGAUGGAAUGGCGCACUGCCCUGGAACUAACCUAUUCUUGAUGUUGUGUGACUAAGUAAAGGUUCUAAACUACA